CAAAAGCCUGUCCUAGGAACCAAGUUACCAAUGUUGUUGUCCACACGGACUUAUUACGGUGUUGCGCACAGGAAGACAGUUGAAUUGUUUAUAUUCUGUAUAGUGCGUUUGUGCCUUGAUCUGGAAACCUAAUCACCUGUUCUGCUUCUUAAACAAGCCAAAUGGCUGAAGCUGAAAAAUCUUACUAUAAAGAGCAGUUUGGCUGUUCGGUUUGUCUGGAUGUUCUAAAGGAACCAGUGACUAUUCCCUGUGGACACAAUUACUGCAUGAGCUGUAUUAAUGAUGUCUGGUCUGGGUUGGAUCUGAACGCUUCCUACAGCUGCCCUCAGUGCAGGGAGACGUUUUCACCCAGGCCUGCUCUGAAGAAGAACACACUUGUGGCUGAAGUGAUGGAGAAAAUGAAGAACGCUUCAGAUCAGUCAUGUGCUUCUCAUCAGGAGUCCUCAACUUGCACAAGAUCGGAGUGUGACUUCUGCAUAGGAGCCAGAAAUAAAGCUGACAAGUUCUGUUUGCAAUGUUUAGCCUCCUACUGUGAGCUUCACCUCCAGCCUCACUUCAAAUCUCCUGUGUUCAUGACACACAAACUAGUGCCUGCAUCUUCAGAGGUCCAGGAGAACAUUUGCUCUCAUCAUGGCAAGCUGCUGGAUAUUUACUGUUGUGAUGACCAGCAGUGUAUCUGCUACAUGUGCAUGGUUGAGAGUCAUAAAGACCACAAAUCAUCAUCUGUUGAGGCAGAGAGGAUGAAAAAUUUGGGUGCCUUGAAACAAACAAUGAUAGAGUGCCAGGAGAUGAUUGCUCAAAGAGAAGAAGGGCUAAUGCAGCUCACCAAGGCCAUGACAUCUAUUAAGAGUUUUGCUCAGAAAGCAGAGGAGGACAGUGAGAAGAUGUUCACCGAGCUGAUCAACUCCAUGAAGACUAAAUGCGCAGAUGUGAAGACGCUGAUCAGAGCUCAGGAAAAGGCCGAACUGAGUCAAGCUGACCAACUUCGCCUUCGUUUUGAGUGUGAGCUCAAGCUGCUGAGGGCAAGAAUCGCAGAAAUACAACAACUUUUAUCUACAAACAAUCACAUCGAUUUCAUCCGGAAACAUGCUUCUAUCCAGGCCAUCUACAUGUCCAAAGACUUACCGUUCAUAACCUGUGUGACUCAUGAUCCUUAUGGAAACAUCCCCCUUUCUGUCGUCAAAGAACACAUCGAGGAUGUUUGUCAACAGGAAGUAGCAAAGAUUUUAAAAGAAGUUAUGAACAUCCAUGUUGUGGAGCCUCCAGAGCCAGAAACCAGAGAGGACUUUUUACACUAUUUCUGCGAUCUUCAUGUGGAUCCAAACACCAUCAACAAUAGUCUUUGUCUGUUUGAGGGAGACAAAAAAGUGGCCCAGUGUCCUCCAGCCCAUCCAUAUCCUGAUCAUCCUGAGAGAUUCGACCGUUUUGCAAAUUUCUUAUGUAACGAGCCUCUUUGUGGUCGUUGCUACUGGGAAGCUGAUUGCAGUGGAAAUGACUGGUCCGUAGCAGUUACAUACAGAAGCAUAGCGCGUAAAGGAGAGAGUGACGAGUGCAGACUUGGGUUUAACUCCAAAUCCUGGAGAUUAUCCCGCUCGAACCAAAUGUUCUAUUUUAGACACAACCGCACUGUACUCAAUCUUCAUCACUUUAAUUUGACAGCUAUCGGUGUGUACCUGAACCACAGUGCUGGAACACUGUCUUUCUACAGUGUCUCUGAUCAGAUGUCCCUCCUUCAUAAAGUCCAGACAAAAUUCACUCAGCCACUUUACGCAGCAUUUGGGGUUGGAGGUGGCUCGUUUGUCCGAAUUCGUUCAAAAGUUGAAGAAUUUUAAAUUUACAUACAUUUAGUUAAAAAAAACAAGUGCAAGAAUACUGACAGAAAUGAAAUGUAAUUAAAAAACAUUUAUUAAAACUAUACCCAAAUAAAAAAACAUUGGCAUCAAAACAAAUACA